CCACAUUUGGUAUUCCCAACAGCUUCAAAACAUCACGAAAGUCCAGCUCAAGGAUCUAUACUCUGCCAUCAUGUCUUCUCCUAUGAUAGCAUGGAUGCCAGUGGUGAACAGAAUCCACAGAUACCUCACCACAAGCAAUUACGCAGCGCAGUCAAUCAACAUCUCAUCCGUUGAAAUCCACGAUGUUGAGACAGCUCCAGAGAAACGACCUAGGACGCUUAAGCAUCUGCUAAGAGCAAAUCAUGUCAACCACUCAAUCAUAUACCAUAAUUUACAAUAUCAUAAUCAUAUGCCACAUCUGCUGGGCUCUUCGUACUUGCUUGGUGCAGAUGUUGAGCAAAUGCAGAAGAUUUAUGAUGAGGAAGCCAAAGAAUUGGAAGAAUGGAAAGACUCUCCUGCGGAAAUAUCAGAGACAGAUUGGAGGGAAUUUCUGGGAGAUAAGAGAUAUCAAAGAGCAUACGUGGACUUCUUCGAAGAUGAGCUAGCCUUGAAGUUUGGAUACGACUGGAAAAGAGUUGCCGAAGAAUAUCUCUUUACUGGAAAGGAACCUCUAGUCCAUGGCCUCAUUGGAGGAAUUGGUCACCCCCUCAUCCACCUCGGAUACGCAUACGAGCUCUCGAACAAAGAACUCGCCAUGGAAGCCCUAGCCAUGGCCUCAUCCUCUUACAACUACCUCCACAAAUACCUCGACAACGCCUCCUACACCAAGCCCUCUACAUACAGCACCACCUCCCCCCUAGAAAUCCUCCACAAGAUCGCCGACGAUAUCCGUUUCGACGGCAUCUUCGAAGGAAAAGGCGACCAUAACAUCGAUACCCUUUUCUCGCAACACGAAGACUUGGUCCUCGAACACUGGAACGCGUGGCAGAUCACAGAUCCCAACAAGCAAUUCCAAGAUUCCCAAGAAGCUGCCGUUGCUUUACUGGUGAAUACAGCACAGCCAGGAACCCACGCAUACGAUUUUUUCCUUGUUCAUAUCCUUACCACCAGCCACGCGGUGCGGAUCCUCAUCCCUCUGAUACCCAAGAAAUUCCACAUUAGUCUAGUGCGGCAAUGGUGGUUACUCACCAUCGCUGUUUACGUUGCUCAAUUACGGCCAAAGAUUAAUGAUGAUAUUGAGGUUAAGCCUACUAAGCAAUGGAAGUACGUUGAGGAGAAAGCUGUCAAUGGACCGUGGGCUACAGAUGCUCAUUAUGUGAAAGCACUUCGAGCAAUCAAAGAAGCAGCGUUCACGUGGGGAGAUGUUCAUGAACGUUACCUUGCAGCAGCUGUCACAUUCGCGGAUGACUUCAACGGCUGGACAGGCUUCUCAUCUGCUGAGGAAGAAAGCAGGAAUUAACCAAAAUUGUAUAUUUGUGAAAUGGAGUCUGGCGUUUGUACUGGCACGACUUGAGCUCGCAUCAAUUUGCACAUACCAUCAAAAUUGCACGAGAUUGACGAAAUCAAUGACCACUUUGUAAAGUAUUCAUGUAGUUAUAGUACAGUACAAUCAUCAUCAAGAUCUUUUU